GAUUCUAGAAUCCGAAAAAAUGAUUCUCCGAAUGUUCGGGGCAUGUCAAAACUCACAUUUCGUUCACUUUUCACACCGCCAUUCACGAUGGCUGACUCAAGUUUGUUUUCUGCUCUUGUUUUUGAGUAUUUAUUCCGCGUGGACAAAAGUUUAGCAAAUGUGUUCAAGAAGAAGACAAAUGCGAAAGUUUUGCGCAAAAACAGCUCAAAGAUUGAAGAUAUCGUCGGGCACUAUGCAAAGACCUUCCCCAAGAAAGUUGGAUUGAGCACCACGGGUCAGGAGUCCAGUUCUGAGGAGGAAAGUUCCGACGAGGAAGCUGCUCCGGCGCAGAAGCCCCAAAUUAAUGGGAAGCAACCUCCUGCCAAGGCCACAGCUAAGAAAACAGAAGAAGACAGCGAUUCAGAUGAUUCGGAUGAGGCGGAGAAGGCUGCUCCACCCAAGUUGAACGGAAAACCAAGCGCUGCGGCUCAGAAGAAAGCCGAAUCCAGCAGUGAAGAAGAUAGUGAUGAUGAGGAUGACAAAGCCCCCGCUAAGGUAGCCCCAACCCCUAAGGUAACCCCAAAAGUUGCCGCUGUAGCCAAGAAAGCUAAAGAAUCAUCAAGUGAGGAAGAUUCAAGUGAUGAUGAACCCAAGAAAGCCCCGGCAAAGGCUCCUGCAGCAGCGACUAAGGCACCCGUGGCUGCCAAAAAGGAAGAAUCCUCAGAUGAGGAUGAUUCAGAUGAAGAAGAAGAAGCACAGAAACCAGCUGUAAAAGCAAAACCAGCAGCUAAGGCAGCGCCUGCACCUGCUAAAAAGGCAGAAGAAUCUUCCGAUGAAGACUCCAGCGAGGAUGAAGCUCCAGCAAAACCACCAGCUAAGGUAGCUGCUGCCAAGCCAACACCACCAGCCAAGAAAGCUGCUGAAUCCUCAAGUGAGGAGGAUUCGAGUGAUGAAGAAACAAAAGCCCCGCAAAAGGGUAAGGCACCAGCAAAGACAGCAUCACCGGUGAAGGCUCCUGUGGCGAAGAAGGAAUCUUCAAGUGAGGAGGAUUCCUCAGAUGAUGAACCACCAGCAAAGAAGGCAGCUGUGCCUGCUAAAGCUACACCGAAACCCCAAGCAAAGCCAGCUAAGAAGGAAUCAUCGUCCGAAGAAGAUUCUGACAAUGAAGAUGAGCCACCCAAGAAACCCAUCGUCAAAGCAGCAAGUCCCAUGAAGAAGGCACCACCUGCAAAGAAAGCCGAGGAGUCAUCAGAGGAGUCAGAUAGUGAUGACGAAGAGGCAGCACCCAAGAAGACUCCUCUUGUGAAAGCACCUCAGAAACCAGCUGCCAAGGAAGAAUCAUCCAGCGAAGAAGAUUCUGAUGAUGAUGCACCACCAGCUGCAAUUCCCGUUGUAAAGAAGCCCGCGACUAAGGUGCCGGCAAAGAAAGAAGAGUCCAGCGAUAGUGAUUCUGAUGAUGAUGAUGAUGGUCCACCACCGGCAAAGAAAGUCGCUGUUCAGGCGCCAAAGGCAGCAAAAGCAGCCAAAAAGGCCGAAUCUAGUGAUGAAGAGGAUUCCGAUGAUGACUCUGAGGAACAACCACAGUCGCUUCCUGUUAAACAGAAGAAGGGUAAGGCGAAUGAUGCAGAAAAUGACGAAGAACAAGAGGAAGACUCAUUCAAGCCCGGACAGAAGAGGAAAGCCUUCAACACGCCAAACAACAAGGGAAAUUAUUCCAACUUUGUCAAAGCUGGAGAUAAGCCACAAGGAAAGAAUUUUGGUGGUGACGAUGCAAAAGGUGGUUUCCAGAAGAGGCAUUCCUUUGGUGGUAAGGAUGCAUCACAGGGCAGACCAGGCGAUUGGCCAUGCGGCAGUUGUCAUGCAAAUAAUUUUGCACGCAACACAAAAUGCUUCAAAUGCGGUGAACCAGGCGGCAAUGGUGGUGGUAGUAGUGAACGGAAGGCCUUCACCCCACGCGAUGGAGAUUGGACGUGCACAGGGUGCAAUGGGACGAAUUACAAGAACCGAACAGACUGUUUCAGGUGUCACGCGGCCAAGACAGAUGAUGCACCUGUGCACUCGGGUGGUGGUGGUGGUGAUUCUGGGGGAUCAGGUGGAUUUAGAGGAGGUCGCGGUGGUGGACGUGGUCGUGGAGGACGCGGUGGUGGUCGUGGGGGGAAAUUCGAUGGCAAUAGGAAUUCCUUUGGUAGCAGAAAUAGCUUUGGAGGAGGUGGGAAUUCAACGCCGCAAAAUAAGAAGAUCACAUUCGAUUAAGAAAUUUUUAUUUCUUACGCUUAUCCUGAUGUUUCAAAAUGCUUUUGCCUCAAUGCUUUCGCAUUUAUGCAGCAUUUUGGAACAACAUGAUAAAUUUUCUUUUAACCCCUCAAAACAAAACUUUUUAUUUCUUUUAGCAUAAAAUUAUACAUAAAUAUCAAGAUGAUGUUCCGAGUAUGACGAGUUUUUGUAUCAUACACCAAACAAAAUAUAAAUUACAAAGCUAAAGAGUAACUCUUUAGUGUUAAUUAAUCUAACAUACUGUGUAAUGUAUAUGAAAAUAUGCAAUUUCUGUGUGCAGAAGGGAGCACGCGGUUCAUGGGGCGAAAAGGCCAACAGGGACCUCAAAUUCACACGCGGAAAGUCGUUCAAGCACGAGAAGACUAAGAAGAAGAAGGGAUCCUACAGAGGUGGAACAAUAGAUACAUCUAUCAAUUCAAUCCGUUUCGAUGAUUAAGUUUCUUUUUUUUUCUACCAUAAGCAUUGUAUUAAGUCAGACUAGGUGUGGUCUAUCUCCUUGUUCUAUUUUUUUAAGGUUCACUUUUGUGAUUUUUCUUCCAUCCUUUUGUGUGAAGGAAGAAAGAUGGCAAAGAACAUCUUAAAAAAUGGCAAGAGAUGACGACAAAAAAUUUAUUUUUUAUCAAUUUACAUUGAAUUCUUUAUAUGUAUGAAAUAGUCUCUAUAUAAAAAAAAACAUUGGAAAUGACUAAUAAAUUCUUUGAACUUUACUAUUAUA